AGCUGUUUUCUGCUAUAAAUAAAAACGAAUGUAGGAAUGGGAUGUAGAUUAAAAAGUGAUAUUUAUAAAUGAAUAAAAUUAUGUUAUUUUGAAUCAUUAUCGCGUUGAACUUAAAACUUUCAUUACCUGCUCAAAAUAUGCAAUAUUUCUAAAAUGUCAGGACAACAAUCAACAAGUUGGCCUGCUUCUGCAAGUGUUAUCUUGGCAGCGCGAAAUGGAAUAGAUGAUAGUUAUGAUAAUUAUAAUUACAAGCUUUUAAUGAUAAAACGAUCAGAGCGUACUGCACUAUUUGAGAACCAAGCUGUCUUUCCCGGUGGCAUGUUCGAUGCUUUUGACGAAUCCGUUCAAUGGCUAGAGUACUUUGAAGCAUUCGGUGUGACGCAGCAACAGCUUAAAGAACUAGUCAUUAUAAGUGAUAACCGGCCAGCUAUAUUAGCACCGCAGGGAAAUGGUUGCUAUGACAGAUUUUUCAAGCGUUCCAGCAUUUGGGCAAGAGAAAUAUCGUUGCGUAUAACUGCGAUACGUGAAACAUUUGAGGAAGUCGGUGUUUUGUUGUGCCGGAACAAGCACGAAUUGCAUAUGAACGAAGGCUUCACGUUUGUUAAAGACGGUUUUGAUAAGCAUUAUUGGCAACAAUUAGUGCACAACGAUCCUAAAGAAUUUUUACGCUUGUGUCAAGAGUUACAGGUUGUUCCUGAUUUAUGGAGUUUGUAUGAAUGGAGUGCUUGGGCUAGCCCAGCUACUGUUAAAAAACGAGUCGAAACUGCAUUUUUUAUAGCAAUUUUAAAUGAGAAGCCGCCGACGCUUAUAGAAGUUACGGAAGUUAAGGAAUGCAUUUGGCAACCACCAACAUUCUUACUGCAAAUGCAACAGGAUGGAGAGCUGUUCUUUCUGCCACCGCAAAUCUAUGAAAUUUCACGUUUUGUUACAGUGAAGGAUUUAUUUGAUUUGAAGGAAUUUGCAAAACAACGUAGCAAGAAAGGUGUUACAUUAUUUUUGCCUGUACCUUAUUUAUGUUCCGAUGGCAUGGUUGUUACAUAUCCGGGAGACGAUAAAUAUGCAGAAGAUCCUAGAUCAGCAACAAAGUAUAUUCGCACAAAUUUAUCUACAUCGGAAUUUCGCGCCAAUACUAAACGUUUACACCGUUUCGAGCACUUUGGCACUACAGAGGGUAAUAUAGUUUUAAAUUUUCAACCGCAAAAUGGUCAUCUUGCUCCAACACUAACAGUGACUGCUAGUAACAAGCUUUAGUCUUUACUAAAACUACUUUGUUUAGGUUAAAAUUUAUAUAUAAGUUACAUAUUUUGAUAAAAUUAUAAGGGAUUAGGUCCAUGUAUCUUUUGUUGAUAUAAUUUUCUUAGCUGAAAUUAGGAAUUUAUUUUUUGCAAUUAUAAAA